AUGGAGGCGACGAAUCUGGCGAUGUCGCCUCGGGAGUCUCUCAAACCGCGGGCUGAGCACAAAGCGAUGCAGUUGAGCUCGAAACCAAAUCAAGUCAGCACAGUCCUGCUAUACGGCGUCCCCAUAGUCUCCCUGGUCAUAGAAGGAGUAGAGCGUCUGUGCCUUGCCCAGAUAUCGAACACGCUACUCAAGCAGUUCUCAUACAACGAGAUACACAACCGCCGGGUAGCUCUGGGUAUCACUUGUGUCCAGUGUACCCCUGUUCAGCUGGAGAUAUUGAGGCGGGCGGGAGCCAUGCCUGUGUCUUCUAGAAGAUGCGGUAUGAUUACCCGUCGGGAGGCGGAGCGGCUCUGCAAAUCGUUCCUGGGGGACAAUGCUCCUCCCCGUCUGCCUGACGACUUCGCCUUCGCUGUGCAUCAUGAGUGUGCCUGGGGGUGCCGGGGUGCCUUCUUACCAGCAAGAUAUAACUCGUCCCGAGCGAAAUGCAUCAAAUGCGCGUACUGUGGCCUCUUCUUCUCCCCCAACAAGUUUAUCUUCCACUCCCACCGGGUCGGCCCAGGAGAUAAAUACGUGCAGCCAGACGCAGCCAACUUUAACUCGUGGAGAAGGCACAUGAAACUGAGUGGAACACCGCCCGAUGAAGUGGUCCACGCGUGGGAAGAUGUCAAGGCAAUGUUCAAUGGAGGGACGAGAAAGAGGAUGCUGUCUGCAGCUAGACGAGUUCCUAUGCGCAGGCCUGAGACGGAGAGUGGUGGGGAGGCUAAACGGUCUCCAGCCAGUCCGCCGACUGCGCACGCGCCGGUCCCGCGCCUCGCCGACUACGUGUGGGGGGCGAGGCUUCCGUUACCGUAUGCUAUACCUUGGCUGAAGCCUACUUUGUGGACACCAGGAGCUCUCACAGCUCUGAGCGGCGUGGGCGCAAUAGAAGAGCCGCGUGCAUUUCGGCCGGUGCGGCACCAUCUCGAGUCGCCGCAACUAUCGCCGGCGAUGUCGCCGCCACGAUCGCCAAACAGGUCUCCGAUAGCCUCUUCUCCCCGCCGAAGUCGCACUCCGCUCCGUUCCCCUCUCCGCUCGCCGCCGCAUUCGUCGCCCCGCUCACCGCUCCGCUCAUCGCCCGCGCGUUCCACUAAAAGCGAUCGUGACAGCGACGAGAGCGUUGAUAUAGAAACCACGGAGGAAGAUCAGCAUAAAGAGGUGUCUUGUUGGCCAUGCCGUAGCGCGCCCACUCCUCGACCUGACGACUGCUGGCCAGGCCUGGUGCCCAAGGUGGAGAGAGAGGAAGAUCGGGAGCCCUGGAGGCUGCCUGACUUGCGGCCGACGCUGCACUACUUGCACGAUAGAGAAAGAGACGGAUGUGCGGCCUGCGUCGCCCCCUUGCCCCUGCUGCCUGCUCCCGCACCAGCGCCGCAUUAG